AUGUCUCAGAACUCAGGAGCUAUGCAAAGAAUAAUUGCCCUCAGCGGAGUCACGGCUGUGGUCGCAUUGGCCGGAUAUGCCGUGUACUUCGACCACCAAAGAAGAAACAAUCCCAACUUCAGAAAGAGCUUGAAGCGCAAAUUGAAGAAACAUGCGGAACAGGAAAAGUUAGAGAAGGAAAGAGCCAAACAGCUCAAAUUGGCGCAAGUAGGCGAAUACCUAAGUGCGGAAUUGGCCAAAGACCCUGUUUCCACAGACCCAUCUCAGAGGGAAUCAGUAUUCACGUCCAACGUGGAACUGGGUGAAAAAUUGGCCAGCGUGCCCGGCAACGAGUUGGAAUCGGCUUCCAAGUUUUACAAGGCACUCAGUGUGUACCCCAACCCAGCUGAUCUGCUCGGAAUUUACCAAAGAAGCGUGCCAGAAGCCGUGUACGAGUAUAUCGUGCUGAUGAUUGCUAUCAUGCCUCCAGUCAACGUUUCUACGUUCUUGAGCGGAAGUGCUCAAGGUGGUGCAGCUGCCAUGGCCCAGGCUGUGGCUGGCCAAUCUGGGAGUGCUGAGAAGGGAGUAGGCGAGAUCGACGAAUAA